AUGGCAGAUGGUGCUGGAUCGAGUCAGGAGAAAGAGGACGAGGAUCAAUUUGGCGCCGCUGAACCCGGGAGAAAAAAUGCACGAAAGAAAAUUCGACCCACAUAUUCCUGUUUGCAAUGCCAUAAACGCAAAGUCAAGUGCGAUAGAGUCAAGCCAUGUGGCGCCUGCUGUCUGCGGGGAACGCCAUCCGAGUGUGAAUAUGGCAACAGCAAGCAGGACCGCUAUUUUAUUGAGCAGUCUACUGUCAUUGAGAAUCUUUUGCAAUCCUGCGAAACGCUGAAGCACGAACUCGAGGAGACCCGGAGGCAAGCGAACUUCCCCCCCGUUAAGCAGGAGGACACGCCGUCGCCUCAUAAUGUAGACUCGUUUGAUGCUGAAAGCUCCGGUAAACCCGGCGAACGGAAAGCGCUUGUUCAUUCUGGCACGCAGACAGAUUCGCAAGGCCAUUCUUUGCCGUCUAGCCCGGUCAGGCUAACGAGCAGCGAUUUGCAGAAAGAGAAGAAAAAUCUAUCAAAUCCGACACUGGCCCGUGCACUGAUGGAAUUGUUUAUUGAACGAUUGAUCGGAGAAUUCAGUCCCGCAAAUGCAUCCAACUUCGGUGGUACAAUCCGGCUACGCCAGGCGGCCGAAAUGCGAGUCUUUUCUCCCAUGCUCUGCAACGCAUUCGAGGCAGCCUCUUUGACGUUCGCCGGGAGUCGUCAGCAAAAUCGGUCCCUGGAGAUGGUCGGACAUGCUCGGUAUAUCAGGGUGUUGGGACAACUUCAGAGCGCGCUCUAUCAUCCCGAGAAAAGCCAGGCAACCGACGCUCUAACCGUAGUGCUUCUGUCGACGAUCAUUGAGGCUUUCAAACAAAGUUCCAAGGACUCCAUUCUGAAACAUCAGAUGGGAGGUCUCCAGCUCUUGCGGUCACGAACACCUUACCGGCAUAGAUAUGGACUUGAGCGGUCGCUUUUCGUCGAUCUCCGACUCUACUGGGUCACAGCCGCCAUAGCUCUACGAAAACCGACCUUUCUGGCUUCGCGGGAGUGGCUGACUGUCCCCUGGCUGGGUGACAGUGCUCCGAAGGACAUCUUACAUCGAGCGCUAGACAUCGCUGUGGAUAUCCCUGAAUAUCUCUCGGAAGUGGAUACCUUUACGUCCAUGUUGAAGAACGCCACUGCAUCAACCGAGCUAAUCUCAUUGCAAACCACUAUCUGGGACAAGGCUACCGAGAUCGAAGGCCGACUACAGUUAUGGGAAACCACACAUGUCCGAACAUAUCCCGACGGGGGUCCGUGGGAAGCACUUGAGCCAAUUGCCGUAGCGGACUUCCCUGUGUUCAAAUGUCGUGAUCCAAGCAGCCUCGAGACCUUCACUCCGCGGGACCUAGUCUAUCCGGACCUUCUUCUCGCCACGUCGAUGAACUUCUUUUGGGCCAUGCGCCUCAUGAUCUCAUCCACAGACGGCGGUCUACCAAGCGUACUGACCAUGCAGGACCGCUACGAAUCGGCCUGCAACAUCUGCCGCAGCAUGAAAUAUUACGUCCAAAACAUCCCGGGCGUUCUCGUCUCUCGCAUGAUCUUUGUCCUCCAAACCGCCUACGAAAGCUUCGCUGAAGGCACAAUCGAAAAGCAAUUCGUCAAGGACCUUUUCCUCUUUAUAGGUAGAAGAUUCCAGUUUCCGGUCUUUUCGAAACAAGGCACCUCCUCGCAGGCUAAUGAUUGA